GUUUUACGAGGUGCGCGUGCGCAGUUGACCGCCAUACUUUGAGACCGCGGGUCGGCAUUGAUCGCGAGUGUUUGUGAGUGGUGUGCUUUAUUUAUUAUAUUGCUAUAGGUAUCGUAAAAGUUAAUAAUGGCGACGAUAGUAAAUUCAACGCAAAGUGUUUUACGAGACACAUACGAUUAUUAUUUGUGGACCCUAUCACUGUCUGACAAACGAACAGAAGGCUGGCCUCUAGUCGACUCGCCGUUGCCGACAUUCGUGUACACCCUCCUUUAUCUCUUCAUAGUGUGGAUCGGGCCUAAGCUAAUGAAGAACAGGCGGCCGUUCAAACUAACCUGGCUGUUAGUACCGUACAACUUAGCUAUGGCCGCAUUGAACGCAUACAUCGCAGUGAGGCUGCUAACAGCGUCGUUUCGGUUACGGUAUAGCUAUAUUUGCGAGCCGUGUAGGCAGAGAUAUGACCCGGAUGAAUUGCAAAUAGCAGACGCCGUCUGGUGGUAUUACUUCUCGAAGCUUCUAGAAUUCUGUGACACAUUCUUCUUCAUUCUACGGAAGAAGGACGAGCAGUUGACCUUCUUGCAUGUAUACCAUCACUCUACUAUGUUCUCAUUUUGGUGGAUCGGAAUCAAAUGGGUACCCAGUGGAUCAACGUUCCUGCCGGCUAUGGUCAACAGCGGUAUCCACGUACUGAUGUAUACCUACUACGGAUUGUCAGUCUUUGGGCCGACAGUCAGCCAGUAUCUAUGGUGGAAGAAAUACUUGACAAUCUUGCAAUUGAUCCAGUUCACCUGUGCCCUGAUCCUGGGUAUCAACGGCAUCAGGACCGGCUGCGAGUUCCCCCUCUGGAUGCACUACGUUCUCAUCAUCUACAUGAUCUCCUUCAUCGUACUCUUCGGAAACUUCUACAUGAAGGCGUAUAUGGCUAAGGGGAGCAAAUGCAUGGAAGUUAGAUACGGACAGUGCCUCGACGACGAAGAAACUAUUCAGGCGAGGAAAUUAAAGAAUAACUAACGCUAAAUUAUAUUUAUCUAUGUAAUUUAUUCAAUUAGUCGUUAAUGUAGUCGUAAGAGCUCUCUCAGUACAAUCAUACCAUUGUAAUGUAUGUUAAAUAAAUAAUUGUUGAGUUUAA